AUGGCGACUUACUUCGAAGGGCGACAGCCUCUGGUCAAAGACAUAUUCCUGCAGAUCUCCGUCAGAGGCACAGCCCAAGUUCAAGUUCAGUCGUGGCUGUCAGUGUGUGAGGCCAUCUACGAUAUCUGCCGUAGGAACCUUGAUAUAGAGCGUCCCACCUACACCAACCUCAACCGGCUGAUCAGUCAGAUCGUGUCCUCCAUCACUGCUUCCCUUCGUUUCGAUGGCGCCCUGAAUGUUGAUUUGACAGAGUUCCAGACCAACUUGGUGCCAUAUCCCCGUAUCCACUUCCCUCUGGCCACCUAUGCCCCUGUCAUGUCUGCUGAGAAGGCGUGCCACGAGCAGUUAACUGUGUCUGAGAUCACAAACGCCUGCUUUGAGCCGGCCAAUCAGAUGGUGAAAUGUGACCCUCGCCACGGUAAAUACAUGGCCUGCUGCCUUUUGUACCGUGGCGAUGUGGUGCCCAAAGAUGUUAAUGCUGCCAUUGCCACCAUCAAAACAAAGCGUACCAUUCAGUUCGUGGACUGGUGCCCCACCGGUUUCAAGGUUGGCAUCAACUACCAGCCGCCCACUGUGGUUCCUGGUGGAGACCUGGCCAAGGUCCAGAGGGCUGUGUGCAUGCUGAGCAACACCACCGCUAUUGCAGAGGCCUGGGCUCGACUGGACCACAAGUUUGAUCUGAUGUACGCCAAGCGUGCCUUUGUUCACUGGUACGUGGGUGACGGUAUGGAGGAGGGAGAGUUCUCGGAGGCCAGAGAGGACAUGGCAGCUCUGGAGAAGGAUUAUGAAGAGGUCGGUGUUGACUCAGCUGAUGGUGAUGGCGAGGAUGAUGAGUAUUAAACAGGCAUGCAUUCCCUUGUAUUGAUUUUUGAUGUGUAAUUUCACAAAUGUUAA